AUGCACUUCAUCAUUCCAAUCAUCGUUUUCGUCACCGCCAACAUCUGGGGUCUGUACAGCAGCAUCCCAUUCACCAACAUCAACCCUGCCCGCUCUGUCUUGGACCGCGCCUUGGGAGGAGUCCAGCUGGCCAGCACUGUGUACACACUGGACCAGAUUCCACGCCUCCUCGACGAAGAAGCCAUCACACACCACCUCAUUCAAGAGUAUCUAGGUGGCUGGAAUGCCACCGUGGUGUCCGACACGGAGUCAGCAAUGACGCUCAGUGCAGGUCGCAGACCAUUCACUGCGCCGUUGACCGUUUCUCCUGGCUUGCACCCUUCACCUCCUUCGUCGACACAGGAGCCUGCCAGUCUUCCUGGCCCAGCCACCACCCAACACCCAUCUGUCGACGGGCUGCCCCAGAUCCUGCUGUCCGUGAUCUUCACCCUGGUCGUCUGGUUCAUGGUCAAGCAAAAUGACCAGUCCAGACGACUGACAAGCAUCCACGAAGAGAUCGGACUAGUUCAGCAGUACCAGGAGAACGCCUGGAAGGGGAUUUUCGAAAACCACACCAACCUCGCAUACUUGGUGUCGGUGGCCCAAGACCUGAGCGCUGCCUCGUCGGCAAAUAGCCACCCGGUCGAGGAGGUGGAUGCCCCAGAACAACCCCACGACAGUGAAGGAAGCACUUCGUCCUCCGAUGAAAGCAGUGCGAUAGUCAACCAGACACUGCAAGAUGUGCUGGCCAGCCUGGACACGCUGCGCCAGACCAUCGAUCGGAGUACGAAUGUGUGGGGGGAAUGGUUCGAGAGGCAGGAGGUUUUCCAAUCGAGGUCGCAAGAUACCCAGCCGACUGAAUCCAGCGGCGACGACCCGAGUGGAUCCUCGGCAGAAGGUUUGGUGCAGGAUGGGUGA